GCACGCCGGCUCAACGCAGUCUCCUCGCCCCGGUGCCCGCAGGUGCCUCCUCCUGGACGGCGGCAGCGGCGGCGCGAGGAGCCGGCGGGCGGCAGCGCGAUGGGACCCCUUCGGGAGACCAAGGAGCAGAGAGUGCAGCACCAUGAGAAGGAGAUUUCCCGAAGCCGGAUUCCCCGUUUGAUUCUUCGGCCCCAUCUGCCUCGGCAACAGCACCAAGUGUCCCCAGCCUCUGAGUCUCCCUUCUCGGAGGAAGAGAGCAGAGAGUUCAACCCCAGCAGCUCUGGGCGCUCAGCGAGGACCAUUAGCAGCAACAGCUUCUGCUCAGAUGACACAGGCUGUCCUAGUAGUCAGUCAGUAUCUCCCGUGAAAACGCCCUCGGAUGCUGGCAGCAGCCCUGUUGGCUUUUGCCCUGGAAGUGAUGAAGACUUUACUAGAAAGAAAUUCACAGCUGGAAUGGUUGGUGAGGGAAGCAUCCAGUCAGCUCGACAUAAGAAGGAACCAAAGUCAGGCCUUGUAAAGCCAGCACACAGGGUCCGGUGUGUAUCGAGGGCACAAUCAACAUUGGUUGACCUCAACAGCAAAGGUAGCGAAGCCGAUUUUAGCUCCUCGAGCAGCACGGGCAGCAUCUCGGCUCCUGAGGUCCACAUGUCUGCUGCGGGAAGCAAGCGGUCCUCUUUCUCACGCAAUCGAGGUCCCCACGGGCGGAGCAAUGGAGCAUCAUCGUACAAGUCUGGCAACAGCCCACCCUCCCCACGGGAGAAGGACCUUCUGUCCAUGCUGUGCAGGAAUCAGCUGAGUCCCGUUAACAUCCAUCCCAGCUAUGCGCCUUCUUCCCCCAGUAGCAGCAACUCCGGCUCCUACAAGGGAAGUGACUGCAGCCCCGUCAUGAGGCGAUCUGGAAGGUACAUGUCCUGUGGUGAAAAUCAUGGUGUCAAACCCCCAAAUCCAGAGCAGUACCUGACUCCUCUGCAGCAGAAAGAGGUUACAGUGAGACACCUGAAGACCAGGCUCAAGGAGUCUGAGCGCCGACUGCAUGAGAGGGAGAGUGAGAUCGUGGAGCUGAAGUCCCAGCUGGCCCGAAUGCGGGAGGACUGGAUUGAGGAAGAGUGCCACCGGGUGGAGGCCCAGCUGGCCCUCAAGGAAGCCAGGAAGGAGAUUCAACAGCUCAAACAGGUCAUCGAAACGAUGAGGAGCAGCUUGGCCGAUAAGGACAAAGGCAUUCAGAAAUAUUUCGUGGACAUAAACAUUCAAAACAAGAAGCUGGAGUCUCUACUUCAGAGCAUGGAGAUGGCGCACAAUGGCUCCCUGAGGGACGAGCUGUGUCUCGACUUUCCGUGUGAUUCCCCGGAGAAGGGCUUAGCCCUCAGCACGGCUUCUGGCCCGACGGCCGAGCAGCUGACCCCGGAGGAGCCGGCCACGGAGGCGGGGGCCAACAGCGAGCUGCUGGGGGAACACAGCGCGGGCCGCGGCACAGAUGUGUUCGAUGAGCUGGUGACAGCCACCACCGUGGAGGCCGGCGACCUGGAGCUGCUUCGUGCCAGCCCUGGGGCAAAGAUCCUCGAGUUGGAGGGUCAGGAAGAGGGCAGCGCGGUGGCGGAGCAGGCCGUGCAGACCGACGUGGUGCCCUACAGCCCUGCCGUCUCCGAGCUCAUCUGGCACGUGCUCAAGCUCCAGGACCCCUGUCCCUCCAGCUCCACGUCCCCCGAGGAUGAGUCCAGGGCCGACUCGAUGGAAAGCUUCCUGGAGUCCAUCUCUGCCCUCGUGGUCGAUUUAACUCCAAGAAAUCCAAACUCUGCCAUCCUCCUGUCUCCCGUGGAGACCCCGACCGCCGAGGUGGGUCCGGAGGCACGUGGGAACCGCCUCAUGAGAGAGCUGGAUUUUGCAGGCUCCGCGGAGGAAAGGCUGAACGGCCUGGUCCCGCUGUCCGGCGGGGGCGUCGUGGGGCGGUACUGGAGCAGCAGUUUCCUGGUGGAUCUCCUGGCCGUGGCGGCCCCCGUGGUCCCCACCGUGCUGUGGGCAUUCAGUACUCAGAGGGGGGGAACAGAUCCCAUCUACAACAUCGGGGCCUUGCUGCGGGGCUGCUGCCUGGUGGCCCUGCACUCGCUCCGCCGCACCACCUGUCAUAUCAAACCCUAGAGAGAAGAUGUCACUUCCGUGUGCCAGUCUGUCCCGUGUGGCCUGAUGCCAGGUGGAGAAGCAGCGGGUCGACCUGUGGCGGUCUCCGUUCUGUCGUUUUUGCUCCUCGGUAUUUGAUUUGCACUAUAUUUAGUUGAAGCCUGUUCACUGUUUAAAACGGGAGGUAUCUUCGAAGGCAUGGACACCUGGUUCCAGUACAUGUCCCACCUGUGUGAUAUAGAAAGCAUGCUCAUGAUCCUGCCGUGUCGUCUGAGGUACCCGUACUUAUCCUAGUGGUGCAGGUAGAGAAAAUGCAAAGUUUGCACUUUCAAGACAGCUUCUAUAAGGCUGGCAUGUUAUCUCCUUGCUUUGCUUUCUGCCGUUUUAAAAUGUGUAAUUGUUACAGCAUUCCAGUGGUCUUGUGCAUAGCAGGGGACUGUAACCAAAAAGAACAAUGUAUUUGUGUAAUUGGUUUGAAGAAGUCUUGAUAGCUCCUUAGCGUCUUACUUGGAGUUGAUAAGGUUUGAGUGUUUGCAGUUUUCUACUAGAUGUAGCUCCAGAGUCUUAAAUGGCUUGUCUGUUCUUAAACCUGUUAAUUGAUGAAACUAUAUGUAAGGUUUACAUGGUAUUAACUUAUUUUUUGCUUAUUAUAUAUAGUGUUUUAUUGAAAAUCGUUU